AUGGGGUCCAAGAUCAACCUCUACAUCGAUUGGGCGGCCGCCUUGCACAGCGCUUUCCUUCAUCGUGAUGUCGCCAAUUCAAUCCCGAUGUCCACAGAGAACUUUACUGACAUCGCCACCAUGUCCUUGCCAGUGUCCGUCUCCAUGGCCCGUGAUAUGUGGUCCACGCUAAGCUCGUGUGAGCACCCCCGCGAGGUGGUGGGUGAGCAAAAGGCAUGCGCUACAUCCUUGGAGUCCAUGCACAAGUUCGUAGCGUCGGCACUAGGAACAAGCAGCAUCCAUGCCUUCUCCACAUCCCUCGAUGUGCCAGAGGAGGGCAUUGCCUCACUGUCGGACAUUUACAAGGUGGCGGCAAUGCGUGCUCUAACCACCCAUGGAGCUACCAAGGAACCAUCCAACACCGUGACGUGCCACAGCAUGAGCUUCCCAUUCGUGUUGUUCUAUUGUCAUGCCGUCAACCCGACAAGGAUCUAUGAGAUCACGUUGAAGAAGGUUAAGAAUGGUGUUGUCCCUGCUGUGAAGAGAAGGUCGCCGGUGGUCCGGGCACUAGCAGUAUGCCAUGUGGACACUUCGGGGUUUGACCCCACAUUGAAUUACUGGGUGAAGCUUGGCUGCGAGGCCAAGUCCAGUGACCGGCCCAUGAAAACACUCGCCACCGACGUCUCAUCUCGGGAUUGCAACUUCACGGUACAGAACAUGGGCGACCAGGUGAGCAUCUGGAUGGAGGCCUCCGGUGCUGCCAUCACGCGGGUUAGGGACACGGUCUAG